AUGAAUCAAGAUCUCAAUGACCGUAUGCAGUCAGACAUACCCCCCACGCAACCCAUCGUGGAACACGAGCCCCCAAAGGAUACACCGGAGCCCCCAGCACGCACCCCAGAGACCCAAAAGCCAUCUGGACCCUCACCGCACACGUCAGAGGCCACAAGAGGCACCUCAGACGCCAAGAAGCCCAGUUCACAUCCCGCGAAGCCCACCUCAUCAAUGCUGAACGACUCACCCUUCACGCCACUGUCGAUGCGAGCCCUCUAUUACACCCCAGACGGAUUAGACACCGACACACCGGACGGAAUCCCAGAAGGAGAAAUCAGCGAAGCCCUCUCACCUGACACGAGCACAAGCGUCAUUCGCCAGACAGGAACAAACCUCGUCUUUGACGCCGGCUUCCCAACCCCACAGCCCUCCUCUCAGCAAUACCUGCUGAAGAUCACCACAGCAGCCUUCUGCCACGACGAGAUCCGUCUUGCCAGACUCCUCAACCCCCCAAACACCACGCCGCAGAUCCCACUCCACAGUCUCUGCGGGACAGUCAUCAGCACGCCGCGCGAAGACGAUGAGCAAGAGGAAGGCCCGAGAUUCAAAAUGGGCGAUAUAGUCUUCGGCGUGGUAAGUUAUACACGUGACGGCGGAGCUGCAGACUAUGCAGUUGCGACUGAAGGCGAGCUAGCGCUGAAACCGGAUAAUAUCACUGUUGCUGGGGCGGCGGCGCUUGCGUUGCCGGCAUUAACGGCUUGGCAGGCGCUUUUUCGGUAUGCCGGGCUUGAUCCCGAUGUGCCUGGCGGGCUGAGGGAGGUGGAUGACGAGUUUGGGAGUGGUGGGAAUGGGAUGGGCCGGUGGCUGUGGCAGCGUCAACGCCGUGAGUCCGUACUUGGUAGCAAAGAUUAUGGCUACGGACACCGCAAAAGCACAAUCGCUGGGAACGGCGGCAUGCUAAAUGAUGCUACCAGUGGCACCGGCACCGGAGCUGGGAACGGGCGUUGGAUUUGGCAGUGGAAUCGCCGCGGCUCCGCACUCAACGGCAAUGACAAUGGAACCGUCAGUGGAAAUGGUGGUGAUGUUGACAACAUCCCCCCUGCUGCCAGAGCGGCCAAUCCCGCUCCUAGUCCUAAGAACGUGCGUCGCGAGAGCCUAAUCAGUCUCGUUAGCGGGAAUCCCAGUGGCAAAAAAACUAUCCCUCGCGCUGCCAGUACAAUUGACCCCAAUCCCAAGAGCACUGUCCGCCGCAACAGUUUAAUCAGCCUGAUCAAAGGGAAUACCGAUGCUCCAGCCACUCGCGCUGCUAGCACAGUCAACCCCACUACCAAUGCCAGUAGCAUUGGCAAUACCCGCCGUGGCAGCCUGGUCGACCUAGUCACCGGCAACGCUAGCCCUGGACGACGCGGCAGCCUAAUAGACAGUAUAAUUGGCAGCACUAACUCCAACGGCAACGGGAAGCAAAAAAUGCCCAAGAUCCGAGUCCUCGUCACCAAUGCUCGCGACAACGACAUCGGCCGUAUCGCGGUACAGAUUCUGCGAGCAGAUUCGCUCUUCCCCAUGCCGGUCCGGCCGUGGAUCUGUGUAACCUGUACGCAAGUCGAAGCCGACAUCAUCGAGAGGGACUGGGAGGUGGACGAGAUAGUGAUCAUCCCGCAUCUUCCAUCGCCGGACGAGUGUAAUAUCGAGAAAGUGUUCCGCGCGCGUCGCUGGCAGCCGGUUGAUAUCGUGCUCGACUGUGCUGGCGGGGAGAUAUUCCGGGCGGCUCAUGCUGCGGGUGUCGUCAAGGACUACGGGGCUGUCUUGACUGUUGUGGAUGGCCGGGUUGCGCAGCAGUCUCCGCUUGUUCCUGAGAACGAUUUGCUGGGCGAGAGGAAGCGUGGGAUUAAAAGUCGGUUUGUGCCUGUUAACCCUGAUGGACCGGCUAUGGAGCGGAUUGCGGAGUUGGUGGAGGAGGGUCUGAUCCGUGACAAGGAAAUUACUAUUGUGGAUCUUGCGCGUGCGACAGAUCUUUUGGCUGCUGGGGCUGCUGGAACAGCGGGGAGUCGUCGUGGUGGGAUGGUAGUUGUUAGGGUUAACAAUGUUGCCUAUACUUAG